UGUUGACCAUCGAUAAAACAGUUUAAUGUGAUACAGGAUACUAUUGGGAUUACUCAACAAGCCGAUCAACUCAACGAGCAGACGACACUUUGCGUUCUCGUGCGAGCAGACGACACAUCCAUCAUGGCGAAAAGUGAGGUACCUGGAAGUCCGUCUUUUGACAGGGACUCAGUUAUGAAAGAUCUUGAGGAGAAAGGAUAUGCCGUAAUACCGGAUGUUUGCAGUGCGCAGGACUGUGACGCGUACAUAUCCCAGUACCGUGAUUGGGUAUCCCAGUUUGAGGAAGAUGAUUGGCCUUCUAACUUGCAUUCAGUCAUUCAGGGAUAUGACAUUGGUCAUUUCGAAAACACCUGGAACUGCCGAUUAAAAACCAAGCCAGUGUUUGCUAAUGUCUGGGAGACAGAGAAGCUCCUCACAAGCUUUGACGGAGUAGCCAUAUCUUUCCCGCCAGAAGAUGAAAAGUUCGUAAUUUAUGACACAGGGAAAGCAUGGUUGCACGUCGACCAACCGGCAGAGAGAGUUGGUCUCCAUGGUUACCAAGGCGCCCUGUAUUUGGAGGAGGCGACAGAAACUGACUUCUGCUUCCGGGUUUUGUCGGGAUCACAUAAAUAUUUCAACGAAUUUUUUGAAGAAUUUGAGUCCGCUGCUAGGAAGAGUAGAAUCGGUCAUUAUGAAUUAAAUGAAGACGACAAAUCUUGGUUCAGAGAGAAAGGCUGCGUUACCACUAAGGUUCCAGUUCCGAAAGGAGGGAUGGUCCUUUGGGAUUCUCGGACAGUGCAUGAUAAUUGUAGACCAGAGAAAGGUCGCCUCAAUUCCCACAGGUGGCGCUUUGUGGUGUUCGUCUGCAUGACGCCUGCCAAGUGGGCUCGGGCUGAAGAUAUCUCUGACAAGAAGAAGGUUUACAAUCAUCGGCUCAUGACUGGGCAUUGGCCAUCCAGAGGAAUCAACAUCUUUGGCAAGUGUGAUUCUUUUAAUCAUCGCGAAAUCAAGUCUCCGAUAGGAGACUGUCUUCCGGAGGUUGCAACGACAAAGGAGGCGAAGCUGUUGUCUGGAGUGGUGGAGUACGACUUCGAAGACGGUGACCCUAACGGGCCUUCCUGGGAACCGGUAUGGAAUGAAAAUACCAGCUUCUAUUAGCCAUGACCAAAGAAUGACAGAAAUACUGUUGCUGCAAAGAUUAUUGAACAAAAACAACAAUUACAAACAAACAAAAUAUUCUCGCUGGACACGCUGUAACGGAAACUAUAAUGGUUCAUCUUCUUCUGAAAGAGGAGAAGUAGGCCGGUGUUAUAUUGGCCUUACGUGUAUAUGACGUGGCAUAUGUUGAGAUAGUUAUCACUUACCUGACUGAUAAUUGCUGUUAUCAAGAUGCUCAUUAAAUGAAUAUUAUCAGUG